AUGUCCAUGCUCGCGUGUGCGCUUCAAACCAUGGGCUCAUCCUGCAGCAGACCUCACUCAGUAAAUGAGGCAGACGCAGCUGACAACACAAGAUCUGCAGACAUCGACCGCCGCAUUCUGCACGAGACAAAGGCGGACCAGCACAUCCACAAGCUCUUGCUUCUUGGUGCCGGAGAAUCAGGAAAGUCCACGAUAUUUAAACAGAUCAAGCUUCUUUUCCGAACCGGCUUCGACGAGGCAGAACUCAAGGGCUAUACGCCCGUCAUCCAUGCCAACGUGUUCCAGACAAUCAAAAUACUAUAUGAUGGAGCUAAAGAGCUUGCCCAAGUGGAAUCCGAGUCUUCAAAAUAUGUGAUAUUACCCGAUAAUCAGGAGAUUGGAGAAAAACUAUCAGAAAUCGGAGGGAGGUUGGAUUACCCUUCGCUUAACAAAGAACUCGUACAGGAUGUGAGAAAAUUAUGGGAAGAUCAAGCCAUUCAGGAAACUUACUCGUGUGGAAGUGUGCUGCAAGUUCCUGACUGUGCACACUACUUCAUGGACAAUUUGGACCGAUUAGCUGAAGCAGAUUACGUACCAACAAAGGUCGAUGCUUUGCAGGAGGAUGUGCUCCAUGCAAGAGUGCGGACAAGUGGGGUUGUAGAAAUUCAGUUUAGCCCCCUUGGAGAGAGCAAAAGGGGCGGAGAGGUGUACAGGCUGUACGACGUAGGGGGUCAAAGGAAUGAGAGGAGGAAGUGGAUUCAUCUCUUUGAAGGUGUUGAUGCAGUUAUCUUUUGUGCUGCCAUUAGCGAGUACGAUCAGUUGUUAUUUGAGGAUGAGACGCAGAACAGGAUGAUGGAGACCAAGGAGCUGUUCGACUGGGUGUUAAAGCAAACAUGUUUUGAGAAAACAUCCUUCAUGCUGUUCCUCAACAAAUUUGACAUAUUCGAGAGGAAAAUACAAAAGGUUCCUUUGACCGUGUGCGAGUGGUUUAAGGACUAUGAGCCAAUCGCGCCUGGCAAACAGGAUGUGGAGCAUGCCUACGAGUUCGUGAAGAAGAAGUUUGAGGAGGUCUACUUCCAGAGCAGCAAGCCCGAGCGUGUCGACCGGGUGUUCAAGAUCUACAGAACGACGGCGCUGGACCAGAAGCUUGUGAAGAAGACGUUCAAGCUGAUGGACGAGAGCAUGAGACGCUCCCGGGAAGGAACGGGGACGUGA